UCGCCUCCUUCAACGACGUUCCUUCCUGUCGGACGGGAAGUCACGACAGUUCGACGAUGUUGGAUCGGAAGUAACGACGGGAGCUUGCUCGCAGCGAAGGUAACGAUCUUUCACCACUUUAGCGCGCUUCUUCGGCAAAAUCUCGUAAAUCGGCCUGGGAUUUACGAAAUCCGGGAUUAAGGAGAAAAAGGUUGAAAACGCCGUGAAGUGGAGCUUAGACUUAAAAGGAUUGCAAAUACAGGCAAUGGCUAUAUAUAUUCGUGUAAAGCGCCACAAGACAACCUACUUCAUACAAUGCGAUCCAACCGAGUCAACUUUAGACAUCAAGCAGAAGUUACAGGAAUUGGUUGAUCAGCCAACUAAUAACCAACGGCUAACCUUGGUUUCAACUAAUGAGAUAUUGGAUGAUUCAAAGACCUUAGCUGAGCAGAAGGUUGAGAAUGAUGCCAUUGUGGCCUUGACCCUCAAGAAAGAUGACAAUGAGUUUGAGGAAGUUUACAUUGCAAGGGUAGAAGACUUCACUUCAUUCUCUUAAUUAAAUUUAUAAUAGUCAUUAAUUACUUUGAACAGCAGCUUUACAAUAUGGUUUAUUGAGAUGUCAGACUCAAAUAUUUGGAGAUUAAUUAUCCUUUUUAUGUUAAAGUGUAUGAUUAGAAUGAUAUGUUGAGCCAUUAUUUCUGAAUUAAAAGUAGUAAUAUUACAACUUCUUUUGAGUA